AUUUAGCUUUGCUCGCAAACAGUCGUGUAUCUUAAAAUUGAACUGAAUUGAAUUGAAUUUAUGACAGCAACGGCGGUAUAAGGCAAUCCUUUUUUAUUUGUGUGCAACCGAGAAAUCGAGAAAACGUCAACGCAACCUGAAAAAAUAUAAUUUCAUUGCGUUUGCUAAUUAAUUUAAUCAAGAGAAAUGAAAACAAAUUAACGAAACUUAAACACAAAACUGUGAUUUAAUUUCUUAUGUUUAACGAGCGCCGACGAUGCUAUGAUGCAAUGGUGGCACGCGUAUGUGCAUAUGUAUUCGCGAGUGUAUGCCUGACAUUUUGAAGUUUCUUCAAAAGUUUCAAAACUCAAUCUUGUACUCUUUAGUACACCUGUAGCAUCAUUGUGUUUUAAAAACUUUUUUUCUGCCAUUUUUUGUGCUUCGAAAACUUUUCGACACAUGUUUAAGACGAUUUUUAAGGAUAAUUAAACAUUGAAUUGUUAGUGUACUCACGCUAUAGGUGGCUGAGUUUCAAAUUUGCUGAAAAGAAAAGAAUAGAAGAAAAAAAAAAAAAACAAAUAAAAAGAAAGUGAAAAAUUACAUUACAGCCCAACAAGGAAAGGGUUCUAUGAAAUUUUUAGAAGAAAACUUAUGUUGAGUGCAUAAAGCAAAACUUUUUGAAAAGAAUUUUGUGAAGGAUCUACGUUCUCUUCUUCUUCUCAUUCUCCUUUUUUUCUGUAAAGGAAAGGUUGAGUUUCUCUUAAGAAACUCGCCAAGCGAUUACUGUCAAAAUUUUCACAGACGGAAAUAAGUUGGGUCCGGCUGCUGCGGGUAGAGGCAUGUUUUGUUAUCAGUGCCCGCCUGCUUUACAUCCUUGUGGUCCGCAUCCGCCUCGUUUACCUACACUAGAAUAUCCUUUUGCUGCCACGCAUCCAUAUACCAGCUAUUCCUACCAUCCUGCCAUACACGAUGAAACAUUUGUGCGCCGCAAACAAAGACGUAAUCGUACAACAUUUACCUUACAACAGCUGGAAGAACUUGAGACUGCAUUCGCUCAAACUCAUUAUCCGGAUGUGUUCACACGUGAAGAUCUAGCCAUGAAAAUUAAUCUGACGGAAGCUCGUGUCCAGGUAUGGUUUCAAAAUCGUCGUGCCAAAUGGCGCAAAGCGGAACGCCUUAAGGAUGAACAACGCAAGCGUGAUAAUGGCGAAUGUGGCAGUGUAUCAUUGGAUAAGCUUCACGACAGUCGCGAAUCAUCACCGGAUAUUACUGGAGAAAUGGACGAUGAUGAGCCACAUCGACGAUGUCACAGCCCAGGUCCUAGCACUUCCCAUAGUCCACAUGCCGGCCUUGCUGGGACCGAUUCCGACAACGAGCGUCCACUGUCAUCCAAUCAGCUAAACAGUAUACAUUCAAAUUCGCAGUCAGUGGGCUCAAUAAGUGCCGGCUCACCUUCACCAGGCACCAGAACACCGCGCAAUCCUAACAACAGCCCUUCAAAUUCUCGAAAUACCGAUUCGCCCAUUGAAGUGGGAGGGCCUAUAUCAUUAACAACACGAACUUCUAAUUCGGCAUCUACAGUAGCAACAACUAAUACGACACCAACAACAACAACCCUCAAUACAGCAGUUCCACAAUUUAAUACUCAUAUAUUUGGAAGUUUCGGUAGCGCAAACAUAACAACGGGUGGCGGCGGUAGCGGCAACAAUGAAACAAAUUGCGGUUUCCGACCGGUACUGAAUGAACCACCGACCUCUUUAGCCUGCGGUACAAUCGGUCGGGCAAAUCAUAGUCAUUCGUUAUUUUUGCCACCGCAUUUGGCAUCUUUAAGUUCUCAGUUUUCACAGCAGCCUUUAUUUUCCGGAUUGAAAGGUGUGCCGGCAUUUCCGGGCCUUUGUUCGUGUUGUACAUUAAAGCCACCCUCAAGUGCAGCCAAUGUGUCUUGUUCUUCGUCUACAAGCUCGCCAGAAUCUCCCACACAAACCGCUCAUUCUAGCAGCGACCCGCGCUCCACUUCGGUAGCUGAAUUGAGGCGUAAGGCACAAGAACACUCGGCCGCGUUAUUGCAAUCGUUACAUGCCGCCGCUGCUGCUGGCCUUGCGUUUCCAGGUUUACAUUUGCCGCCCUUGUCGUUUCAUCAUCCUGCACUAAGUAGCUCGGCAGCCCAUCAGGCCAGUGUAAGGCUGAAAAAUGAAGCCCAAGAUAUGACAGCCAGUACCAUGAACGGUCUUGUCGCUAACAUGAUGCCAUCUGUUAAUCUUAUGGAUCACUCACCGACACCGCCAACCGUAUCAGCUGCUUCUAAUGUAAAUACAAACGCAUAUCAACAACAACAACACAUGAAUUCUGUUUCACAAUUAUCGCCACCUACUACACCAGUACAUACAACGAACACUACAAAAGAAACAGCAUUAAAUUGUUCGAGUAGUGAUGCCAUAGCAAAAAGUGAAUAAAUCACAGAAAAGCAAUAUUAAAAGAUGACUUUAUAUCCAUAAUUUAUGCAAUUUAAUCAAGGCUCCGAAAGUCUUACAAUACAAUAAUUGAACAAAAAAAAAAAAAAAAAAAAAAAAAAAAGAAUUCUCGUUACAUUCAUUUAUUCUUGAUUAGUAUACGAGAUGUUAUUUGCUACACACACAAUUUGUACUUCGUUUUCCAUCGCAUAAACACAGCUGAAGACAAAUAAUAAUAACUUUCCAGCUGAUUUCCCAAAUUUCGUUUACUAACAACCGAAGCAAUGAAUCCAAUAAGAAUUAUUUAUAGAAAUUUAUACCUAAAUAUAUAUACAAGGAUAUAUGAAAGCUAUGUAACUGCAAAGAUGGAUGAAAUUCAUUUUCAAAGCCAACUAAAGACCAGUAAAAAAUUGUUAUUCGUUUAGGAGCGAAUUUUGAAU